AUGAGUAGCCAAUGCAGUCGGCCCUCCAACCAUAAGCGCACGUACCAUCCUCGUCAGAACCAGAAGAAUUCACAGCGCAAGAAAAAGAAAACAGGCAUCAAUUCAAAUGCGGAGGACGAUUCCGAAGAAGUGGAUGCUAUCAUCAAUCAUACUCAAGACUCAGAUGCAGAAAACUCAAAGGUCCAGAAACCAACCAAGAAGAAAACAUCUCCAUUUGAUACAAUCCGAGAUUACUUCAAGGCCCCAUUUCAUGCCAAACCAACUGAUCUACAGGAGAGGAACUGA